UGUUUUGUGUAUUAGUAUCAAAGUGUUGUCCAUAUAUCGAAGUGUUGUGUUUGCAUCCAUGCACUUGAUACGGCUUGUAUAAUUUAUUUGUUUUAAUUUUUAAAUCAUAUUUAUUGUGACAGAAAGUGUGUGUGAAAUUUUAUCUGGAUUCGAUUAAAGCUGCCAGAGUUUACCAAAAUCAAUAAUUCAAUACAUUGCGUACCGAUGCAAUUAAUGCCACGUCGAAGUAAUCAUUCAUUCAAUACACGACAAUAGUUGAAGUUCAAUUGAAUUGAUAACAAUCGAACACGUUGACUACUUUGAAAGCGGAAUUUGAAAUUGCAAAGUUUUAGGCCGGAGGUUAUGAUUAGAAACUGAAUCGAAUACACACACAGAGAGAAAGAAAAAAAUGCAUGACCAAGGGAAAUUUAUUAUUGCCGCUAUUGGUAUAUUUUGUUCAUACUUUUUCUUCGGAGUCGUUCAAGAGAAAAUUACCAGAAGUCAUUAUGGUGAUCGAAAUGAGGAUGGCACCUAUGACAAAUUCACAUUUGCGUUAGUGUUAUGUGGAGUGCAGUGCGUGUGGAAUUUUAUAUUUGCUAAAGGUUUAAUGAUACUGAAGCCGGAAAGAGAAGAUAAAACGCAUUAUGGUUACUAUGCUUGCUCAUCGCUAACAUAUCUUUUGGCCAUGGUUAGUUCAAAUAUGGCAUUACGUUGGGUGCCGUAUCCGACACAAGUUGUAGGGAAAUCAGCAAAACCAAUUCCAGUGAUGAUUUUGGGCGUGCUCAUCAGUCAUAAACGAUAUUCAAUUCAAAGAUACUUUUUCGUGUUAACAAUUGUAAUUGGUGUUGUGUUAUUCAUGAUGAAAGAAAGCAAAAUAAGUGCAGCCUCAUCAGCCGAACAGGCUGUCGGCAUCGGCGAAGUGCUUUUGAUAUUAAGUUUAUCCAUGGAUGGAUUGACCGGUGCCGUUCAAGAACGAAUGAGAGCUGCUCACUCGCCCACCGCUUUACAAAUGAUGUUUUCAAUGAACGCUUGGAGCUCUGGCAUUGUUGCUGUUGCAGUCAUUUUUACCGGAGAAUUAUUUGAAUUUAUUACAUUUGCCAGUCGAUAUCCAUAUGUUUUGGGAAAUCUAGCAAUACUUGCUUUAGCUGGAUCCCUGGGUCAAUUAUUCAUUUUCAUUAUGGUAUCAAACUUUGGACCAUUGGCGUGUUCAGUUGUUACAACUACACGGAAAUUUUUCACCGUUCUAUUUUCGGUCAUUUUCUUUGGCAACGCAUUAACAUCACGACAAUGGAUUGGCACAUUCUUAGUAUUUUUAGGACUAUUUGCAGAUGCAGCUUUUGGUAAAAGUUCACCGAAAAAAACUGAGAAAAUCGAAAAAGACCAAGAAAAACUAUUGUCCAAUAAGUAAAUUAUAGCACAAAUCGAUACGGAAAAUUGAUUCAAUCACCAAAUGAUUUCAUCACCGUCAUUAACCAUUCUCAAAUGAUUUCCAAUGAUAAACAUUAAUCGAACGAUUCAAUGCUCAUAAUACCAUCGAAUCAAUUUCUCUUGAAUAAAUUCAUUAUUUAAAAUGUACUAGGUAACAACUUAUGACACGGAAAAUAUACAUUACAAUACAUUCGAAUGUAAAUUUAAAUCAAAAAGAAUAUAUUUAACUGAAAGGAUGAGAAAAAAAAUCUUUAUGCUUUUGAAAUAAAUUUUUUGCAAAAGAAAAUUU